CAACUUAAUUAACUGACCGAUUAUUUAACCAACAAUGGAGAAACGUGAAUCUCUAGUCCUAAAGCCUUUGAACUCUCUUGGAGCUUCUUCCCUAGAAUCAACAUUGUCCAGUGAAUCAUCUCGAUCACCUAAGCAAACCUUUCCUAGCUCAAUCAAAAAGCUGCCAGAAUGGUUACUGGAUUAUGCCAAUCAACAAGGUACAGAUCAAAAUAACAAUGAAAACCAUCAACUAUACCGUUCCAAUCAUUCAACCGAAGCCCAAAGCGAUGGUAAACAGGUGCAGAAAAAUAUUUGCCAAAUGCGACCAUUAACUGAAAAUUCUGGCCUCGGAAGACCGUUGUGGUUUCAAGAGUUACUCCAAGCUCGACGUCAUUCUGAAGUUUUGUUGCCAUCAUCUUUUGAAGAAGAGGACAUGGCUUAUCGUUUAAGCUCAAUGGAAAUGGAUCAUGAUUUAGGAAACUCAUCCGAUAAUGUUGACAUCAUCAUGAUUUUAGAUGAUGAAAAUGACGAAAAGUUGUCGCCAAUUCCCACAAACACCAAGAUAGGAGAUAAGGAGUUAAAAGUUUCACCAACACUUUCCUCAUCGUCACCAUCUUCACGAAGAAGCUCUCUUCAACUAUUAAUUGAACCACGUAAACCUCGAAGUUUGUCUCAAUUUUUUAAUUGCAAUGAUUUCAAGUUGGAAUCCAAAGAGAUAGACGACAUUUUCAACACUGACCACAGCAAACCAGCGUUUUAUAGUGAUAAAUUUGAUAAAAAAGGUUGUAGCGAUAAUAGUGAUUUACUCCUCACAGAUCUUAAUGGUUUGCAGUCCAGCGAUGAAGACUGUGAUCUUGAAGAAGCGACAAUUUUCAAGAGGAAAGACAGAGGUCACAGAGAUUCUUAUACUGCCGCCGAUAUCGAUUUAGUUAGUCUUGACGAGCCAGAAAUGGAAACUGAUUUUAUAAUUCCUGAAUUGCCAGAAGGUCGGGAAUUGGUACUUGAUAUUAAAUCUAAUUGGGGCGAUGAAGACUAUGUUGGCUUCAAUGGCAUUGAAAUUUUUGAUCUUAAAACUAGUAGUCAUCCGACAAUUGAAAAGAUAACCUGUGAAACUAAUUCAAAAAGUGAUGCCAAAAAAUUGAUUGACGGAGUUUAUAGAACCCACGAUGACAGUCACAUUUGGAUGACAGAUUAUUCACCUUUUAAUGUUACUCGAUUAGUAAUUCGCUUUCAGGAGAAAAUUUCUAUUGUCCUAAUUCGUCUCUGGAAUUACAAUAAAUCAAGAAUCUAUUCGUAUCGAGGAAUCCGAUAUGUGACGAUGAAUUUAGAUGGUGUGGUGAUUUUUAAAGGUGAAAUUGCCAAAGCGAUUGGAGAAUUGGUUGGACCACCAGAGCGAUUUGGAGAUACAAUACUUUUUACUACUGAUGAAGCGAUCUUGGAAGAAGUUGCUAACAAUGAUUUAUCUUUUCAGGAAUUAUUGAAUCAAAAUAUUUAAAUUAGUCAAAGCGAGUUUUUAAUCAAAUAAGCAGGUAUUAAUUUUUUGACAUUUUGUCAAUAAUCACAAUAAAGAUUGAUUACACAUUAGAUAAAUUAACCUUUAAAUUAAUUCAACGGCACUUGUGUA